CCCAGAAGGCCGCGCGGAGGCGGAGCAUGCGCCGUAGAAGAUUUUCGAAUGCAGACGUCGGAGCCGCUUAUGGAAGAGAAGACCCGGGGCAAAGAGGGACCAUGACGAAACUAGCGCAGUGGCUAUGGGGUUUGGCGCUCCUGGGCUCUACCUGGGCGGCCCUGACCGUGGGAGCCCUGGGCCUGGAUUUGCCCUCGUCCUGCCGAGAGGUCCUAUGGCCACUGCCCGCCUACUUGCUGGUGUCUGCCGGCUGCUAUGCCCUGGGCACCGUGGGCUAUCGCGUGGCCACUUUUCACGACUGCGAGGAAGCUGCCCGCGAGCUGCAGAGCCAGAUCCAGGAGGCCCGGGCUGACUUGGCUCGCAAGGGGCUGCGCUUUUGAUACCCGACCCCCACCCUCGCCCGGGCAGCCCUAUUAAACAGCAAGUUCAUUUUCUACGUUGUUUAGUUUGAGAACGGGAAUUCGGUACACCAGCGGUGGAGAAGUGAGAGGUGGAAGAACCAGCUUCCUGAGGCCAUCUCAGCCUCUUUGUAACCUGCUGAUAUUCUCCUUUUUUGGAGCAAACGAGGCAAGGAUCCCUCUUCUCCAAGAUGACUCAGUACGGCAAUGUCAUUUUACUUUCCUGGUCCUUAAGCCUGUCAGGAAGUAUUUAUUAAAGCCUAACCUCUUUUCCUCAUAAAA